GGGGCGUCCCGGCAGAGCUGGAGAGCAGGCGAGCGGGAGCGUGGCUGUCACUGCGCCCGAGCAUCCCGGGGCUUUCUGGCACAGACGCACCGGCCGUGCGAGCAGCCUGCAGCCCGCGCCCUUCGCCGCGAUCAGCGGAGCACUCGUGGCGGGCCAGCGCCCGGGACUUGAGCACAAAGCACGUUUCCCCAAGCAGCAGCAGAAGCAGCAGCAGCAGCUCAGCGAGCGGCUGGCCGCACGCCGGCGCACGCAUCCCCCUCUUCUUUGUUCCGGGGGUUGGCGGCCACUCUCGUCCCCACGUCGGAUUCUCCUCCUGGGGGUGGUGGGCCGCCGGGCUCAGCUGCGAAGAUGCCCUUGGAGUUGACGCAGAGCCGGGUGCAGAUCUGGGUGCAUCGACUACCGGCCCUCGUUGCCCAGAUCCUGUGGGCCGAAGCUGACCAACUCCCCCACAGUGAUUGUCAUGGUGGGCCUCCCAGCCCGGGGGAAGACGUACAUCUCCAAGAAGCUGACACGCUACCUCAACUGGAUUGGCGUCCCAACCAAAGUGUUCAAUGUGGGAGAAUACCGCCGGGAGGCUGUGAAGCAGUACAGCUCCUACAACUUCUUCCGCCCUGACAAUGAAGAAGCAAUGAAAGUCCGCAAGCAAUGUGCCUUAGCUGCCCUGAGAGAUGUCAAAAGUUACCUGACAAAGGAAGGAGGUCAAAUUGCAGUUUUUGAUGCCACCAACACUACUAGAGAGAGGAGACACAUGAUCCUUCAUUUUGCCAAAGAAAAUGACUUCAAGGUGUUUUUCAUUGAGUCCGUGUGUGAUGACCCUUCAGUUGUGGCCUCCAACAUCAUGGAAGUUAAAAUCUCCAGCCCGGAUUACAAAGAUUGCAAUUCAGCAGAGGCCAUGGACGACUUCAUGAAGCGAAUCAGUUGCUAUGAAGCCAGCUAGCAGCCCCUCGACCCUGAUAAAUGUGACAGGUACCUCCCCCGCGGUGACCUCCUGCAGCACAGUGGUAGGAGUGGUAGGAGCUGCCAUGCCGUUAGUGUCAGACCAGACACCUACAUGCAUCACUGUCGCAUUCCGUGGGUCUAGCCGUGUUCAAAGGCCAGCCUAGGCUCAAAUGGGAGGGAAGGAAUCAAUGGAAGCCCGAUUUGGUGAGUGCCUCCCACAGUUUCCAGAGCUGCUGCAGAACUGUGAUUUGCUUUUCAAUCCUUGGCACUCAGUAAAUGUCAAUAAAUAUUGGAUGAAGGAACAGAAUGAUCUGUGGGAACCACUACCUGCCAAGUGCUAAGAAUCCAUCUUAAAAUUUUUAUAAUGAAAUGGAAAAAGUUCACAGAACUCCAAAAGAUUUCAAAGUUCUACAGCUGUUAUGCCUUUAGCCCAGAUGUCUUUAACUGGCUACAAACCUAAAAAACUCACAUUUUCCCCUUUUCCCUUGUUUCCUGCACUCUGAAAUAUGCCAUAAAAAAAAACGCAUUACUUCUCAUAUUUUUUAUUUUGCUUCAUUUUCCUUGAUCAAGAAUAACUUUUACCACCCCGCCCCCCUUUUAAGAUUUUAUUUAAUUAUUUGAGAGGCAGAGUUAUAGUGAGAGGGAGAAGACAGUGAGAAAGGUCUUCCUUCUGUUGGUUCACUCCCCAAAUGGCCGCAAUGGCCAGAGCUGCGCCCAUCCGAAGCCAGGAGCCAGGUGCUUCCUCCCGGUCUCCCAUGUGGGUGCAGGGCCCAAGCACUUGGGCCAUCCUCCACUGCUUUCCCAGGCUGCAGCAGAGAGCUGGAUUGGAAGAGGAGCAGCUGGGGACUAGAACUGGCACCCAUAUGGGAUGCCAGUGCCACAGGAGGAAGAGUAACCCACUGUGCUGUGGUGCCGGCCCCUAUUUUCUUCCUUUUAAACUCUCUUCUAGACAUUAGGAAGUAAAAGAACAGGGAUCAAAACCCACAUUUAAGAAUCUUCCAUGUUUCUAAGUGCCUGUUCCACUUCUUCAUCAAAGACCUUUCACCAUUAGUUGAGGCUGCCCAUUUCUAGCCUCAAUUUAAAAAAAAAAAAAUGCGGCUUAAGUAUCUUGAAUCUCCUUGCCUAUUUCCCAACAAGUCUGCACUGCUUGGAGUAGAACCAGCCCAAUUCAAAUCAUAGCCUCCCCAACACCCAGCACAAAUCAGGGCUGAAUGUGUGAAUAUCAUUCCAGGAUGCAUAUAAACAAGGAGCUCUAAUAAUGAGGAAAUUCACUUUACCCUUCUCUCCCUCAAGUGCCUGUCAAUAAUAUUGUCUACACAUGCUGCUUUUUUGGGUUAGUCUUAGCUAUCCAGGACAUAGCACUUCUUUGUCUACAUUUAUGGGUGUCCUCCACUGUGUUGGGGUGCCUUGUUGUUCAAUACAGGGUAGGGGCAGACAUCCCCUUCCCAUAUGCUCUCAUCUAACCUGGCUGGGCCCAUCAGACCUUUUCACCUGGGACUCAGAAGCUGUUGACUAUGGGAGGAAUGAAUGAAGCACAAUGAACUUGCAGAGCGGUGUCCUGUAAUGGCCUUAGCUGUCACACUAUUUCUUUCUCCAGACUGCUCUGGUUCAGAUCCAUUUUCCAAACCUAAUCCUCCAGCUUUCUUUGAUUCUGUGAGCUCCUGAUAUUCUUCUAGUGCACGUCUCCAUCUUCCUCUUAACGGAUUCUGUUUUCAUUACUUAUUGGUGAAAAGUGCCAAACCAAUAUGGGAGCAAUUGGUUAUCUGCCUUAGGAAGGGAAGAGAAGAGUAAAAAUUCUGAUAGUCUGAGCUAGGAAUUGGGCAGCUCACAGAAAACAGUAAAUUAGUUCACCAAAAGUUUCCAGGGAUGCCAUGUUCCAUAAAGGGCUGGUCUGAGAAGGCAUGAGAAAUCCAAGGUCACAGAUGGUAGCUAUUUUUAAUGGCACUGAAAAACUUAGAAUAACAAGUUCAAACCCUUCAAGUUCCAAUUCCAGCCACAGCUGGACACCUAGAGACUUCCUGUGAUUGCGCUGAAUUUCAUCCCUUAGAGAUACAAGACCAAGAUAGCCAAAAACCCAACCUUAAGAGUCCAGGUAGCUGAGUUGUUGAAUACUGCUAUUUCCCAUCUGAAAGGCAGGGCAUUGCUGAGCACGUGGCCUCAGUAUGGGAAUGAGAAUGUAACGGGGAAAUGUGGAGGACUCAAGUGUGUCCCAAGCACGCUCUCCUCUUACUUCUGUUGUUCUCAGAAAUACUUUUGGCUUAUUUCGUCUGAUAACAUUUCUUUCUUGGUUGAGGGGUCCUCUUACAAGAGGAAGCUUGCUCUCCUGUGAUUUUCCCCUGUGUCCAGCUCCUAGUUUCCUGAAUGGGAACCACACCUCCCCAAAGGCUGUCUAAAACUUGGAUCCACAGACCUCCACCUCAUUUCCCAUUGGUUCCCAGUCUCACUGCCUCCUCACAGGCCAGGCCCAUUGCUAAGCUCAACCCAUCUGUGGUUCCUUCAACAUCCUCUAUAUCCAACCUAUCUUUUGAGAGCCAGCUCGAUUUAUACUUUGUCCACAGAGCCUCCACAAACUACUCAAAUGUAUAAAGUCAUCUGCUUCUGAACUCAUAACAUUUAUUAUCUGUUCUAUUUGUGUAGCAUAUACUAAAUGCUGCUUUAUUAUACAGUGGGUAGAACAUGACUAAGAACAUGUUAAACACAUCAAUUUCAACAUUUGCUGGCUCUGUCCCUUGGAGGAGUCUGUUGGCUAAGUAGAUUGACAUUGCCUUGUCUUUAGAGUGGAGGUAACAGCACAUGUGUCACCUUUCUCACAAAGGCAUGAGGUGAAAUGGAGCACUUAUAUAUGAUUUAUUGGGGGCAGGCACUAUGGCCUCCCAUGUGUGCGGCAGGGACCCAAGCACUUGAGCCAUCCACCAAGAAGACUCAGACUGAAGUUCAGCUUAGCUUUGGUGUGGCCCUGUCCCAGCUGCUGCAGGCAUUUGGGGCGUGACCCAGUGGGUGGGAGAUCUCACUCUGUCCAUCUGUCUCUCUCUGCCUUCCAAAUAAAACAAAUGGGCAGGAGGCAUGCAGAGAGGAAAGCAAGCAAUGAGUUCAAGAAAAGAGCAGCGCCAAGCAGCUGGGCAGAUACGCAGAGGAAGGGCAACGCAGGUGUCAGUGGGAAACACAUUUUUCUUAUAGGCCCCAUUAUCAGCAGGGUUCUGGGAGGAUUGCUCAGUAACUUCAUGUUAAACAAAUCUGAAACAAGAGCAGCCUUAAAGAACGAAGGUCUCACAAGGACUGAACAACUGAACAUAGCCAGCAGAACCUUGGGAGCUCAACCCCAAGCCCUCCCUACUGCUCCCUUCUGGUGGAUAGACACCUUUGCUGUGAAAGUAGGUGGUCCUGUUUUUAGGAAUGCUGCUUCACUUCUCUAGGCAGAGUGCCAGAAGCACUGGUUAUAAGACAGUGUGGAAUCUUCAAAAGCCCCUUGGAAGCAAAUGCUGCUAGAUUGCUCAGGGCCAGCUGGGCUGCACCUGGCUGCUUGUUUUCUCUAAGUGUCCCCAGAAGCCUUCAAAGGCUCAAGGCACUGCAGAGGUUGCCGAGAGAGGAGAGUUCCGAGUGCCCACCCCAGGUCCUGUAUACACACAGCAGCUAGACUUUUAAAUUGGAAUGGGGCCAGAGUUGUGGUGCAGCAUUAAGCCACUGCUCACAAUGCAUCCCAUAUGAGAGCCACUUGUAGCCCCAGCUGCUCCAUUUCUCAUCCAGCUCCCUAAUGCACCUGCAAAAGCAGCAGCAGAUGGCCGGAAUGGACCCCUGUGAUGCACUUGGGAGACCCGGAGGGAACGCUAGGCUUCUGACUUCAGCCUGGCCCUAGCCCUGUCUAUUGCCAUUUAGGGAGUAAACCAUCAGAUGGGAGAUCUCUGUCUCUCCUUUCUGUAACGUUGCCUUUCAAAUAAAUAAAUCUUUAAAACAAUUGGAAGUAAAAUUGAAAAAUUCCAUGUUUAAAAAAAAUCCCAACAUCUUUGAUGUUGUCUUAAGAAAUUUUUUUUUUUUUUAAAGUUUCAAUGCCAACUCUCUUCUCAUGAAGGUAGUGGCAACAUCAUAGGUUCAGGGAUUGAAUUUGAGUUUUUCUUUCUUUUUUAAGAUUUAUUUAUUUAUUGGCGAGACAGAGAGAUCUUCUAUCCACUGGUUCAUCCUCAGAUGGCUGCAAUGGCCAGAGCUGGGCCAAUCCAAAGACAGAAGCUUUCUCUGGGUCUCCCACAUGGGUGCAGGGGCCCAAACAAAUGGGUCAUCUUCUAGUGCUUUCUGAGGCCAUUAGCAGGGAGCUGGAUGAGAAGCAGAGUAGCCAGUGCUGUGGUUCACUUGGCUAAUCCUCCGCCUGCAGCACUGGCACCCGGGUUCUAGUCCCGGUUGGGGCACCAGUCUUGUCCCGGUUGCUCCUCUUCCAGUCCAGCUCUCUGCUGUGGCCCAGGAAGGCAGUGGAGGAUGGCCCAAGUGCUUGGGCCCUGCACCCGCAUGGGAGACCAGGAGGAAGCACCUGGCUUCUGGCUUUGGAUCAGCGUGGUGCACCGGCCACAGCACACCAGCCAUUGCGGACAUUUGGGUUAACCAACAGAAGGAAGACCUUGCUCUCUUUCUCUCUCUAACUCUGCCUGUCAAAAAAAAAAAAAAAAAAAGGCAGAGUAGCCGGGUCUCAGAUUGGUGGCCAUAUGGGAUGCUGGCACUGCUUAAUCUACUGUGCCACAGCGCUGGCCCCUGAAUUUGAGUUUUCCUAAGCUCUAUAGUGUGAUACUGAGCACAGUGGUUCUGGCCCAAUUACUCUUUUAAAUUCAUACACAGUGUUCUCAUGAUAGUCAUUAUUCAUUCAUUCAGUCAUUUAUUUAACUUGAAAGGCAGAAUUAAGAAGCAGAGAAACUGAGAGAGAGAUCUUCCUUCUGCUGGUUCAGUCCACAAAUGGCUGCAACAGCUGAAGUCGGGAGCCUGGAACUCCAUCCUGGUCUCCCAUGUGGGUGGCAGGGCCCCAAGUACUUGGGCCAUCUUCUUCCCAGGCAAUUUAAAAGGAAGCCAGAUUGGAAGUGGCACUACUGGGAUUUGAACUGGCACCCACAUAGGGGGUUGUGGGUAGACAAGCCCAGACCCCAGAAAUUCUGUAUACAUUUUAGCCUACCACGGGCUAGCCUGAGCUAGUCUAACUUCUAGCUCACUGAAAUUCAUCAGUUAGGGGCCAGCGUGGUGAUGCAGCAGGUUAGGCCCAACACCUGCAGUGAGCUCCAGUUCAAGUCUUGGCUGCUCCGCUUUCCAGUCCAGCUCCUAGUUUUGGCCUGGCCCAGCCCCAGCUACACUGGAUGCUGAGGACUGCUUUAACUCUUUCCUCUCUUGAGUUUACUAAGAACACCAUCAUGAUGGCCAUUCUUCCAGAAUCAGCUGUCGCGUUUCUUUACAAAACCCUCUUUUCUUUAUCCCAACCUCAGGUAGGCUUCUUGGCAUCUGUUCCUCUCAUUUAAAACAAGUUUGCUUCUUUUCAUUUACUUGAAAGGCAGAGAUAGAGAUAUUUUAUUCAUUGGUUCACUCCUCAAAUGCCCGUAACAGCUAGGAAUGGGCAAGGGCAGUACCAGGAGCCUGGGAUCAUCUGGGUCCCCCAUGUCGGUGGCAGGGGCCCAAGCAAUUGAGGCAUCAUCCGCUGCUUCCCAGAAUGCAUUAGCAGGAAGCAUGAUUAGAAGCAGAGUAACCAGGACUGGAACUGGUAUUCUGAUACGGGAUGGGGGCAUCCCAAGUGGUAGCUUAACCUGCUGCACCACAAUACCUGCUGCUCUUUUUUAUACUGUCCCGGAAUGAAUUCAUCAAAAUCCUUAAACUACCACUUACCUAUUGAUAAUUUUAAAAUUAUUUCUACCCACGGCUCUUUGUUGAGUAUAGAUGUUUACCCAAUAGCCCCCUGGACAAUUCUAUUUUAAUUUCUCUUAAGCACCCUAAAAUCAUUACAUCAAAAAAACAAAUCCAGGGGCCGGCAUUGUGGCAUAACGGGUAAAGCUGCCAUCUGUGACACUGGUAUCCCAUAUGGGUGCCAGUUCAAGUCCUGGCUGCUCCACUUCUGAACCAGCGACCUGCUAAUGUACCCGGAAAGCAGAGGAGGAUGGCCCAAGUACUUGGGCACCUGUGCCUACAUGAGAAACCAGGAAGAAGCUCCUGGCUCCUGCCUUUGGAUCAGCCCACCAAUGGCUGUGCAGUCAUUUGGGGAGUGAACUAGUGGAUGGAAGCUCUCUCUAUCUCUUGCUCUCUAACUCUGCCUUUCAGAUAAAUCCAGCUUAAAAAAAAAAGCAAAUUCGUAAUUUUUGCACAAACCUACUACUUCUCCUGGUUUCCCUGUCUUAAUGAAGGGUAUUUAUUUACCUGGAGAAUCAGCCAGAAAAUGGGGAUUCACAUUAAGAUUCUAUCUAUCCCCUUCUAAGCACUGCUAUUCUUAUUGAUUCUACCUUCUUAAUAUUGAGAGCACAAGUUCUCAAAAUUCAGCGUGUACCAGAACCACUUGUGGGGCUUGUUAAAUACCAACUGCUGAGCCCCAGCCCAAGAGUAUCUGACCCUGAAGGUCUGUGGUACACUGGGAAUUGUAUUUCUAACUCUUCCCAGCUGAUACUGAUGCCACUCAUCUGGGGACCGUACUUCCAAGACCACUAAUCUGUCUACCCAAUCAGCAGUUCACCCUACCAGUCACAGUGCAACUGCCAUCACUUGUCAUUUUCUUGCUGAGAUGAUAAUCAUUAGCCUUUUAAUUUAUCUGACCUUUUGUAUUUUUAAAUAUUUACUUAUUUGAAAAUCAGAGAGAGAGAGAAAGUCUUCCAUCUGCGGGUUCACUCCCCAGAUGGCUACAAUGGUCAGGCUGAAGCCAGGAGUCAAAAGCUUCUUCCAGGUCUCCCAGGUGGGUGGCAGGGACCCAGACACUUGGGCCAUCUUCCUCUGCUUUUCCUAGGCCAUUAGCAGGAAGCUGGAUCAGAAAUGGAGCAGCUGGGAUGCAAAUCGGCACCCAUAUGGGAUGCCAGUGUUGCAGGCAGUAGCUUUACCUGCUAUGCCACAACACUGGUCCCCCUUCCUUGAUCUUCUUGAAACAUUCUCCAAACUGCAACUGGAAGGAUCUUCCUAUAAACAAGGUGUCAGCAAACUGUUAAAAUCUUUGCUUAGUAUAGAGUUGAUCUCCUGUAUAUAAAGAUAAUUAACAAUGAAUCUUAAUGAAGAAUGGGAUGGGAGAGGGAGUAGGAAGUGGGAUGGUUUGGGGGUGGGAGGGCAGGUAUGGGGGGAAGAACAGCUAUAAUCCAAAAGUUGUUCUUACGAAAUUUAUAUUUAUUAAAUAAAAGCUUUCUAUUAAAAAAAAAAAACAAACCAUGGAAUCUGCUUGGCUCAGCUCUGAGACCAAUGUGGUAGUUCUUUGGGUGAUGCUGUGCUCACCCCACCACUUGCCAUCAACAUCCUGAAACUGCUGUAUGCCAAAGAUGUCAAAUACCUUUCAAUGUACAUCCACACGUACUGGUCAUUUCUGUAAGAAUUUAUACUUUAUCACAACAUCCCACUAUCCCAAAACACAGUGAACCAUCUCUCUUCUACGAAUUCCCCACCCACCUCCACUUUACCUUUCAAGUGUUUCUGAUCUUCAGUUGUAUUGCAGGAAAUACUACAUCUAACUAGUCUAACUAUUUCAUUGUACUUGCCUUUCUAUGUAUUAGGUGCCCUCAUUAUUUAAACUGCAUACUUCAUCAUGACAAAGGUACCCAUCAGGUCUUACAAAUGUGUCAUUCCUCAUGGUACAAAAGUCACAUUUUGGACAUGCCAAUUAUCACCCUACACAUUAAGUCUCAUAAUCUGCUUGGUGUAUCAUGUGAACAGAGACAGCUGUUGAAAAGAGAAAAGAAGAGGAAAAAAAAAAGAGGAAACCAGGUGUCACAGUGGCAUGCCAGCGCUGCAAUGCCGUUUAAUUGAAAUCCUGUAAUAAAAGUUUAAAUACAUAAAAGGUUUUUGUUUUUGUUUUUGUUUUUUAUCAAAAGAUCCUCCUCCUCUUCCCUGACCUGAUACAGACAGAGGAUAGGCAAAUGGAAACUGGCUAGCUGUAGGGAAUGCAGAAAUGGCAGGUCCAAGUCUGGUUGGUUUCUUCUUCCUCAGAAAAUGCUCUGUGAUUGCAUUCAGAGUCUCAGGAGAGUGAGAGCCCACCCCACAGACUUCUGUCAGCAGGUGGAGUCCACGUGUGGCAAGCUACCCUGCACCACGGAGAAUGCUUGUCCCAGCCUUAGAAGACAAGGAAGAGCAGGGCUUCGUGUCUGGGCAGCACUAUGUUUUCUACGGUGCGUUCCAUGGAGCGCACCUGCUCCGGAGAGGCAGUCAAGAAUGCCAAAGGCCCAAUACGCUGCUCUACACAGGAGUGGCAGAGGUAGCCACCAUUGUUUUCCUUUCUGUUGCUCUGCAGAAUGGAUAAGAAAAAAGAGGUAAGGAAACAAUCAAAAACAAAGACUUUCUACCAAAAAGUGCUGAAUUAUUGUCACAGCUGCCAAGGGACAGUGUCUUAUGAGCUGAUGUUUUCAGACCAGUGCAAACCCUCUGGAGUAAUGCUUCCCACAACACUACUGCCAGGGUAGACUCAACUCCUCCAAAUUCCCUGAAAAUAGAAACCACAGUUAUCUCAUCAGACACAAAGAAUCAGAAAAACUGAACCAGGCUCUCCAGGUAAAUGGUUGUCUUCUGAUGCAUCUUGUCACAACCCAGUCUCCCAGGUAAUAAGGCUUUACACAACCAGACAGGAUCACAUAUCCUGACUCUUGACUAAUACUUUCUCUAACAUAUAGGGAGACCAUAUCUCUUGUGCCUUAUGUAUAAAAAGUACCUAAAGGUGCCAGUGCUGUGGUAUAGCGGGUAAGGCUGCCGCCUGCAGUGCCAGCAUCCCAUAUAGGCUGGUUUGAGUCCUGGCUGCUCCACUUCCAAUCCAGCUCUCUGCUACAGCCUGGGAAAGCAGUAGAAGGUGGCCCAAGUCCUUGGGCCCUGCACCCACAUGGGAGACCUGGAGGAAGCUCCUGGCUCUCGGCUUCAGAUUAGGGUAGUUCUGGCCGUUGCGGCCAUUUUGAGGAGUGAACCAGCAGAUGGAAGACUUCUCUCUCUGCCUCUGCCUUUCAAAUAAAUUAAAAAAAAAAAAAAAAAAAAAAA